AUGGAGAGGGGCCGCCAUCGGGCUGAUGACGGUGGCAGCACGGCAGCUGGCAUUGUUGGAUCUGGAUCCGGACCGGACGCCUCUUUCGCGGCAGGACGACACCAAGACCGGCACUCUGGCGAGACUGACUCUGGCGAGAGCUACGAACACGAACCUUGGCUCGAGUUGCUUCCCACCACGGACAGACACCAUUCUCACCGACAGCAGCACGCCAUGUCUUACAGGCCCCUCGCCUCCGAUGACCCGGAGGAUGCCAAGAGUUACGGCUCGGUCGACUCAGCUGAGACGAGAGGCUCGGCGACUGCAGAAAACCCCUUUUCCGACGAGGUGACUGCCUCGCACUGGCGCCAGGUAUAUGAGCGCAGCCAAUACGAGUGCCGGCACGCUUUCGACCCCGCGCUGACCUGGUCGGCUGCUGAGGAGCGUCGGCUGGUCCGCAAGCUGGAUGGGCGCUGUGUUAUGUUCUUUGGUCUGCAAGUCGACCGCGGAAACCUGAGCCAGGCCGUAUCUGAUAACAUGUUGGACGAUCUGGACCUGAACACGAAUGAUUAUAACUAUGGCCAUGCCAUAUUCCUGCUCUCCUUUCUCUUGGCUGAGCUGCCAUCACAGCUGGUCUCCAAGGCCCUCGGUCCGGAUCGCUGGAUCCCCAUGCAGAUGGUCACCUGGUCCCUAGUGGCCAUUUCUCAGUGCGCCAUCACCGGACGGAACACCUUCUUUCUAACUCGGAGUCUGCUCGGCCUGCUAGAGGGCGGCUUCAUUCCCGACCUUGUCCUGUGGCUGUCGUACUUUUACACCUCCCGAGAGCUGCCCAUCCGACUGAGCUACUUCUGGACGACCCUUUCUGUCACGGGGAUUGUCACGUCCAUCGCAGCCUCAGGACUGCUGCGCCUUCGUGGCCUAGCCGGCUGGGAGGGUUGGCGCUGGCUCUUCCUGAUAGAAGGACAGGUGACGCUGCUCGUCGGCGUGGCAUCCUUCUUCAUGAUGCCGGCAUCGGCCGUGCAGACCAAGACCUGGUUCCGGCCGCGCGGCUGGUUUACUGACCGUGAGGUGGCCAUCGUCGUGAACCGCGUGCUGCGUGACGACCCAUCCAAGGGCGAUAUGCACAACCGUGAAGCUCUGACACCGCGUCGCCUGUGGGCUGCCCUCUGCGACUACGACCUGUGGCCACUCUACGCGCUCGGCCUUGUCGCCUAUAUACCACAGAACCCCCCCAAGAACUACUUGACCCUCUCCUUGCGUGCCAUGGGCUUCGGCACGCUCACCACCAACCUGCUGACCAUCCCGGCUGACCUUGUCCAUAUUGCCAAUCUCUUGCUGCUGACCUGUCUGUCUGAGCGUUUCAACCAGCGAGCGUUUGUCGCUAUCCUGCAGCCUCUAUGGACACUGCCUUGCCUCCUUGCAUUGCGCUAUUGGCCUGGCAUCUCCGUCGACCGUUGGGGUACCUAUGCUCUGCUCAUAGUCCUGCUGUCGUAUCCCUACUGUCACGCAAUUCUCGUCGGUUGGUGCUCCAAAAACUCGAAUAAUGUCGCUACCCGCACUGUUUCGUCGGCCCUAUACAACAUGAGCACUCAGGCCGGUGGUAUCUUUGCCUCCUAUGUGUAUCGCGAAGACGACAAGCGGCUAUAUCACCGUGGAAACUCGACAUUGCUAGUAAUCAACGUCUUGUCGAUCCUGCUCUUUAUCUCAGCCAAGUCGUACUAUGUUUGGCGUAACCAGCAGAAGGAACGCAUGUGGAGUACCCUCACGCCAGAACAACAGGCACACUAUCGCAAGACCACAAGACUGGAAGGCAGUCGGCGGCUCGAUUUUCGCUUUGCGCACUAG